CUACCCCAGUGUCCUGUGUGUUGGGCUCCAUCGGAAACGAUGAAACACCUUUUCCUUGAUUGCCCGGUGGCCAGGGCUUUGUGGACUCAGUCUGAUCUAGAUCAUCUUGGUGAAGGAUUGCCCCGACACACUUUCCCUCUUUUCCUGAAGAAGCUGCUGGCUAUCUUGCAGCAACCCUCGCAAUUCAUGGGAGUAAUUGCUAUCCUAUGGAAGAUUUGGCGAUCCCGGAAUUGGGUGGUCUUCGAAGGGAAGCAGUUUGGCAUCCUUGCUCUGAUGCGGCAGUAUCACCAACAGGUAGGGGAAUGGCUGAGCUUACCUAAUGAUCCCCGGCGUCCCUCUCUGUCUCCUCCUAGCACUAGUACAGUGGGUUUAGGUGGGACAGGGGGCCUGUGUGUCGUUGGGAUGGAGCAGUUCGUUCAGGGUCUCACUCUGCGGGAGGCUUUGUGCUCCUUAAUGAGGGAGGGGAGACCCUUUGGGAUGCUGGUGUUCAGUUCACUCGGCUGGAUGACCCAAUGGUGGCGGAAGUACUUACCCUUCGUGAAGCAAUCCGCUGGUGUAUAACGCAGGGUUUUGUGUCGAUGAGGUUUGAAGGGGACGCCAAGGUGGUCAUUGAGAAGCUUUGUCAGGCUGAUGUGCGUGAUAGUCGGAUUGGGGCUAUUUUGGAGGAGAUUCUGCAAGUUUUUACGAUUUAUCCGGGCUUCAUUGUACGAUUUGUAAGUCGGGGUAGCAAUAGGGUAGCUCACAGUGUAGCUAGACAGGCCCUGUCUUUGUUCCCGACUAUGUGUCUUUAUUUUGACUUUCAGGCCUGGCUGAAUUCCAGGAUGUAAUUAUCGAUUUGAUUCUAUCAAUAUAUAAUUAUCUUUUGUAAAAAAAAACCGGUUUGUGCCAGUGUGCCGGUUUAGCAAGUGGAAUGGUUCGACCUGUAGUACAUACCGGUUUGUGCAGGUUCAUGUCGGUUAAUAUUACAAAUAAUUUACAAAUACUCAUAUUUAAGCACGACAUUUAACGUCAAUACCUAAAUAUUUGUACUUGAAUCCAACAAAUAACAUCAACAUUUAACUUUUUAACACAAAAAAUAAAUAAUAAAUUACUUUUUAUCAAAUAAAUUCACUAAUAUAAGAUCAUUUUACUU